CAACGCACAGUGAUACCUUAUAGAACAAAAUGUGACGAUAUAUGUCACGUAUUUAAAUUUUUAGCACUUGAUAAUUAUAAAUGUUUGUAUAAACUGCAUUUAACUUUUUGAAAUAUUUCCUUUUAUGUUUCUGAAGAUCAUUUGUCAAAAAAAAUGUAUGAGUUUGCUAUGACAGUCAACUCUUCACGUCGAAUCCUUUUGUGACGUCAGCAAACCCGCGAGCUACGUUAAAUGAAAUGGACAGACCUACGAUGCAUUGUGACGCUGUUGAUGACGUCAUAAUACGAAGGCGUCGAUAGUAUUGUUACGCUUGUUAGUUAGCUCCAACAAUUUCAGAAUGGCUUCAUGUCAACCCUUGCCGUCUUUGAUCAUUCCUGGUUUUAAAAUACCAUUAAAUGGGAUUGGUGAAUAUAACAUGAACGGAGUCACCGAAGAAUUCUCCAAUGGGACCCAAGCCAAUUCAAGGGCCUUCCAAAAUCGCUUCCCUCCGAUAUCUCAUCUUCAAGUUCAAAACAACCAGAGAAGAAAAGUCCCGGGUAAUUUCUCCAACUUGUGGUCAUAUGGAACUCCGUUUCUUGUCAAACUUCUCUUCAGUGGAAAUCUUCCGCAGACGUUUUUUGAUGAACUGUGUUCUGCGAUUCAAGACCCAGUCAACAGAAAGAAACUGUGGCAUAGAAAAGAGACGCCUGUGGAAAGAUCUAAAGACUUGUGGGAACCGAAGGACUGGGCCAGACUUCGUGAUCAAGGAAGGCAUGUUGUUUUGAAGAUAAUCGAUGCUCGUCUUCGGCAGAAGGAGAAAAUGCUUCAGACACAGAACGCAAUGCAAGAACACAGCAGAGAAAGAACAGAGGCAGUUCUGAUGAAGAAAGCUGGCAUGAUGAGCAGCGGUAAAAAAUCAUACCUCAACAAGGUUGAACAGCAAGCUGAAAAAAUAAGACAUACUCGCAGAAUCAAACGUGCCCCUACUAGAGAAACGGAAACUCCCCAUAAACCAGCGUCCAUCUUCAACCUUACAGAUUCUACUCUCUGCAAGACCCCGGAUUUCUGCAAUAAUUAUCGUAACUGAGUAAAUGUGCAUAUUGAUGUAUGUACUAGUAAUUAACAAGCUGAAGAUGUGCGAGGUUAAUAUAUAUAUAUACAUGCUUGUCUAAUAAAACUCGGAACUUUCAA